AAGGUAGUUUUGGGAUGAACGGCUGUGAUAAAUAAAUACCUGGUUUUGCUGUUUUAUUAAUUUGAAUUGACUUUUAAUUGUUAAUGAACUUAAAUGUUUGAGGAUUAUUUCGCCAAUACACAUUGGUGAUGACAUUGUGAACAAACAACUGAUAAGCUAGACUAUAAAAAGUAAUUUAAUUACCAUUGUAGGGCCUACGUGACGUCGAGACCCUUUGUCUCCAUUAUUGGACUGGUGUACCCUUUAACUGUUAUCAUAGCAAUGCUUAUUACAUGCAAAUGUUUAAAUGUCUCAAUUAAUACCAAGAAUUGUAACAUUCAAAAUGUUGACAUUUCUAAUCUUGGUUUGUCAUCGGAAGAAUUGGGCGACAGUUUUUUUCGGGAGGAUAUUUUCACCGUGGAUCUGGGAAGAAUAUCUAAAGAGCAGGCAAGUCUUGUUCAAGUUCGAAGUGUUGAAAACUGGAUCAUUCAUCAUUGUCUGAAUUGUUCAACAAAUACGCACGCUAUUCACCGAGAAAAGGGCGCUGCGUGCGUCUUGGUCAGUCAGUCUUUGCUGACAAACCCAGCAGAUGUUGCCGCCCUUAAAAAUAGCGACAGGUAUUCAGUUGUGUUCCGAAUGCUUGUAAGCCAGUCAGAGAAUGAUCAUUCAUCCACCCAUGCACCUACAAAAUUUUCAGUGUCUCAAUUGCCAGGCCCAGUUCAGACAGCUUUAUCAGCACUCCAGCAACAGCUCAUAGAAGCAAUUCAACAGGAAACGGCACGGACUGAGGAACAGGUCCGCACGUAUUCUGAACAGCAGUACGCUGCACUAGAGGAGUUCAGGGAACGUGCACACAAGGACCAUCGCGUGCUGGCUAGGUUACUCUGUGAAAGGCAAGAGAGCCCAUCACCAGUGGGUCCUCUGUCAUCACUUGAGCCUCUGGACGCUCCACUGUCCCUGCCAGACAAGAGGACCGAUCCGGCAUCUCCAGUCACGCCAUCACAGUCUACACCACUUUCUCAUCUCCAACACAAUGUGUUACCUACAACCGACUUGAGCACUUUGAUAAAUGCUGCAAACCUAAGACAGGACCAGACUCUGACAGAGAAUCAACCUUCAUCACUGAUUGAUUCAGAAGAAGCGAACCAAUCAAGUCCUCUUUCCCCUAGUAUGGUUGCAGGAAAUCAUACGAAGGCUGAAAGAAGGCUGGCAAUGCGACUCUUUGGACAGGUUUCAUCUUCACGCACUAGUAAUCCCAACUCUCUUGAUACAGAGGGUUUGUUUGAUCUAGAAGGAAUGGAAGAAAUCCCCACAGAGUCAUUUCACUCGGAGGAGGAGACUGACACAGACGAUUCCGGUAGUCACGAUGAGGGAAUUCACAUCCCAAAAGGACGAGGACCGCUCAGCAACCUGGCAAAAUCAUUGCCUGUAAAUGUACCUGCUUUUCUUCCUUCAAAUAAACAAGAUUGUGAUGAAAGAGAAGAUGAAAGGCUUCCCCAAGACCCGAUGGACAUUGCAGCAUCCAUUAAGGCUCUUGCUAAAAGUGUUCAUGGAGAUGCAAACGUCUUCGGCGAUCUCCCACGCCCUCGUUUCAGCACCCAGAUCUGAUCUGGGACGUCGUUUGCGGCGAGAGGAAGUAGAGUAACAUGGUGACAGUUCAGAAAAUGCAGAACACUGAAAUACAAGUAGCUUGCAGUAUUUGGAAGAAAACAGAUUGCUCAUUUGUCACAGAACAGAAGAUUGUAUGAAAAUGCCUCUCAAAUAUUUCUUCAUAAUACAAAACAGGUUCCUAAAAUGGUUUCAUAGUCUUUGUUCCAGGGUUUACUGCCCCAUCAUGUGACUAGUAACCCAUUCUGUGGCAUGUUCUUUGUAUGUUCUGUUAUGUUUUUAGAAAGGUUUAUGCUCUCUUGUACUCUGGAACACGAAGAUAUGAAGAGAAGUGAGAAUGGAAUGGUUAUCAUGUUUGGAAUUAGGAGAUUGAAAUGUAUUAUGCGUCAUAAACUACAAUACAGCCUGUGUGUUUACACUCAUCACUCAUAUUUGAAAUACAGAGUAUGGUAUUUCUUUAUACUACGUACAAUUUGUUGUAGACUGUUACAUGCAAGAAAUUUGUUGAUUUUUUAUAAGUAUUAAGAGUCACUUUAUGUAGGUAUUGAAUUUGGUGAAAAUGGCUGAAGAAGUAAUUAACCUGACAUUGUGGAAAAAUAAAAAAAAAUAUAUAUAUAUA